CAUGACAGGGAGAAUAACGUUAGGCCAAGGUUCGAACCCUGGAACAUCGUGCCGACAGUUCUAAGCACUUGCCACACAAUGAAGCCCAGUUACUUUAGACCAUUUUGUUUUUAAAAUUGAUGAGAUUAAAGUAGAGAUCUCAUUAGGUGAUGGAGGCAAGCUAGGAAUCAAGCUAAUACAUUGUCUAGUGAUAACUCACGCAACACCUCCACGUGACACAAGCACGUGACAUAACCAAGUGGCACCUAGCCUAACUGUACAAACAGAAGGAUACAGCUAAACAAGAGCUAAGCAGAAUCCAUCAACAUGGGGGUCAAGGACGGAUUUAUGGAAGCUAACCUCGUGACCAAAUUAAGUUUCUGUAUUGUCCUGUUCGCUGUUAUCAUCAACUGGAUUGCUUUCUGCACAACUUCUUGGUUUUUGGUCAGUGGAAUCAAUUAUUAUGGAUUAUGGAGAGCAUGCACUGCAACUACUUGUGGUAGCAUGUUGGACGGAAGUCCUGACGAUGAUAUUAACGCUAUCCAGGCCUUUGCAAUCUUUGGCUUCAUGGGCCUGAAUGUUGGAUUCUUUCUGAUCGUCAUGUACAUGUUCUGGGGAAGUUGUAAGGGCAAUGGUGAGACUGGACUUGCAGCCGCCAUCAGUCUCCUGGUCUCAGCUGGCUGUUGGCUGAUUGCUGUUGCCAUCUUCGGGUCAAAGUACGACGACUACUCAGUUGGUAGAUUUGGUUACUCCUUCGCUCUGGCCGUCAUCGCACUCAUCCUGGCCUUGGUCGCUGGAAUUCUGAUGGUCGUGGGCGGCCGUGGAAACAGUUCUGUCAGCUCCAAGUAGAGACAUCUCACCAACGUAUCGAUGUUAUGCAGUAAAGAUAUAAGAAGACAUUUUUGUUGUCAGAGGCGUCACUAGGGUUGGUGUCCACCGGUGCGGUAAGCUAAUGGUGUCACGCCAGCCUCCAGGACAAUGUCGAAAAAUAACGUGCCAAAAGAAACUUUCUUGAUCAAUAAAGCAGAAAUCUAUUCUGGUAUUUAGAAAUGUCAAAGUUAAAAACAAAGUGCUUUAAAACAAGAAAAUAUAAAAAAUACUUUUAAAAAAGACAACUCCUCCGUUAUACAACUAAUACAGCGAUUAUUUUGCUCGUAUUAACUCCCCUGCCCAUUUUAGUUCAGUGUAUGCAUAAUUCUACUAGAGUUUAUACAAUUCUAAUGAUUAGCCUUUAGGACUUAGAAGACGGUACGCAAAAUGUUCCUAAAAACCUAUUAGUUUAUUAAACUCUUUAAUGAAUAGUGCCAACAUGAGAAAAUACCAGAAGACGUGGUCUGUUCAAAAUAAAGAUUUUCUAGUCAUGGCCAAAUUUAAAUUAAUUAUUUAAUGCUUUAAAAUAUUAUAACGGCUAAACUGAAGUUCUCCCAGUGUGGCCAUAUAGAUAGCAUGCAUUUGCUGGCUGAAUUGAGGAAGCUUUUUCUUUUGUUUUACUUUGGUGGCCCUUCUUGAUAGGUGUCAGCCGCUGCAUUCCGCACCCCUCCCUAGUGACGCCACUGUUUGUUAUUAUUGUUUACUUUUGAUGCCAACCAUUCUCAUACUUCACACGUCUAAAUAUAUGUAUUAUUUAUUCCAUUCUCUUGGAAACGAAUUUUACAAAUCUUUACAUUUCCUUCGUAUUUUCAUUUUCACUGAAUCGACGCAUACAUUAAUUGAUUGAUUCACUGUACAAGCAACUCGAACUAAGUUGUCUUUUGAUAUUCUUUCUUAGAUCCAUUAAUGUAGCAGAAGAGAUCGUGUUUAAGGGACAAUCUUAGGUAAUAGAAGAGUUCUCUUAACGGGAGUCAACAGUUCUACUUAUAGACAUUACUAUGUCUAUGAUUCUACUACUAAACUGAUUCAUCGCAAUGAAACUAAAAAUAAACUAUAGUGGAAAUGGUUCAGAAUAAUUGUUUUUCAUGUGACAUCUCUAGUCUUGUAAUUCUUUAUUUCAAACUGAGAGGCUCCUUCACUCAAUUGUACUUCAGGUGUUUGUUAGAAUCUCUUAUUGAUAGAAACUGCAUGACAUAAAAUAUGUUUAUAUCGAAUCACUAGCGAUCCAGAACUUUUAGGGGGGAGGGGGGGAUUUUUCUAAAAGCUAACCCUAACGCUCAAUAAAACCUAAUCCUAUAUAUAAGAGCACACACACACAUAUAUUUAAUAUAUAUAUAUAUAUUUAUAUAUAUAUAUAUAUGGACGCCACCUCCUCCAACCAAAUCGACCGAGAUACCAGAAGGGGAACGACAUAAUAUAACAUUGAUUAAAAUAUAAACAAUUAGUAUAUAUUAUUAACAUAAGUAAAGAAAUCGUAUGGUCGUUGUGCUGGCCACAUGACACCCUUGUUAACCGUAUUCCACAGAAAGAGGUGACCUUAACAUCAUCUGCCCUAUAGACCACAAGUUCUGAAAGGGGAAAUAAAUAAUUCCUACACAUAAUUCGAUCGCCCCUCCCGCUCCCCCCCCCUCCCCCGUAUCCGCCAGUGCAUUCGAAUACAAGACAGAAAAAUUGUUUCCAUUUGUUAUCUGCCAAAAUAUGAAUGAAGUGUUAUUUAUCCGAUAGUUUUGAAGUGUAAAACAUGGAUUAGAUGUGAAAGAUCAAUGUACAUUUAAUGAUUGCCAGUUGGUAUUUUUACAUAUUAUUAUAUUUUAACAUUUGGUCCCUUAUUUCUGUCAGUUCUCUAGAAGGGAGUUAACCCAAACAUCCUAUUGUAAAACAAUCAGAUUCAUUGUACUCUAAAAGCAUUUUUUUUAAAAUUAAGAAGCAGACGGUAUAGGCAAUAAAGCAAUCUGCAUUAGUUUAAUAAUUCAACAGCCAAUAGUGGAGGAAAGAAUUGUCAGAGCUCGUGAUCAUUGAGAAGACCUUCAGUCCUGCCUCGGUUUUUUUGAGUGUCCAUCUUAAAGGAAGAAAAGAAUGCGAGUUUAUUAUUUAGUUGUAUUCGAAACUUUUCAUUUGCGUUAUUCUCUCUCUAAAGUCUAAAGUGACCAAACAUUUGCUUUAAUAUGAAGUUUAAUCCUAUUCAUAAUAGGGUCGAGCUCAUUUGAUCGGCUUACAUCGGGGCACAAUUCUUAUGGUGCUAAUAAACUGCUGGUCCGAUUAACCAGAUUCGACUUUAUAAUAGGAUUUGUUUUAAAUUAUAAUUUAUAAUAGGAUUUGUUUGUUGGUAGUUUUUUUUUUUUUUUUUUUUUGUUGUUGUUUAGGAUUAUAUUACAUGGGGCUGGUUCGAUUAACCGGUGAUUUGAUUAACCAGAUUAUAUUUUAAUAUUCUAUUAAUUUUCUUUAUAAGAAAAUCUUCCUGGAUAUGCCUAUAAAUAUUAAAUUUUACAGUUCAAAGCUAAUUUACAUAGACUAUGCAAAUAUUUUUUUAAAGUUUAUUUAAUUUUCUUAAUAUAUUUAAAAUAACAUUUAAAUCUAAACUUGCCAUAGAAUGAACCGAUCUUAUUUUAUUGUAUUUAUAUAUUGAUUGAUGUAUAGAUUGAAAAUUGUUUCACUUAUUGUCAAAGGUUAUAAAUAGUUUAAAAUUUUAACUUGUUUUAAACAAAACUUUGUUUGUUUGU